AUGCCUCUCGUAGUUCCCGGAAUGCAGUCCAGCGGCGGCGACGACAAGACCUCCAAGUGGAUGGAACAGCUCAUGGGCAAGAAGCUCGGCGAUAGCAAUGACAACAUGGUCGACUUCGGAUACCGCGAGAACUUGCGCGAGCACAAGAAGAAGAAAAAAGGUGCAGCAGCCAAGAACAAGUGGGACAGCGACAAUGAAGAAGAGAAGAAGCCUGAUGGCGACAACAACGGUGACCAGCCAAACGAUGCUGGUGGUAGUGGAGGGGCAGAUGGUGCUGGCGGAGAGGGAGGUGAAGGCAACGAUGAUGAUGACUGGGACGACGAGAAGACGGACGAUCCACCUCCUGUCGAGGAAGCCCCUGCAGAAGAAGACGAUUGGGGCUUCACAACCGCCUCCAGCAAGAAGAAGAAAAAGAAGGGCAAAAUGCCGACCCUGAACCUCCACCUGAUGACCCCAAGCCCGACGACGAACCGCCAAAGCAAUAGUUUCAGCUUCGGCAGUAAUGGGGCUUGGGGAACCAAACCGGCAGGGGACGACGGAUGGGCUACCUUUGGCGGCAGCAAGAAGGACAAGAAGAAGAAAACGAAUGCUUUCAAUUUCGGUUUCGAAGAUGCGGACGAUGGAGCGAUGCCUGGAGAAUCCGCGCCCCAACCGGCAGAGGAAGAGCCAAAGGCGGACGACAAUCCUUGGGCUGCUUUUGGUUCGGAAAAGAAGAAGAACAAAGGUGGUGCUGUUGAAGAACCUCCACUUGCGUCUCCUGAGCCCGAGCCGGAGGCCAUCGCCGUGCAAAGUCCAGAUGAUCCUGCUGACGACUUCUCUUGGGGCAUGAGUGCCAAAGACAAGAAGAAGGCGAAGAAGGCCGCCAAAGCCGCCGCCCAAGCCGCUGUCCUUGCUGAGCCCGAGCCAGAACCUAUCGUUGUUGUCGAAGAAUCACCGCCCGAGCCUGAAGCCUCUCCUGCCGAGUCCGAACCAGCUCCACCCCCACAAGACGACUGGUUUGGCUGGGGCACUGCGGGCAAGAAGAAAGGCAAGAAAGACGCUGAGGAGGUUCCACCAGAGGUACCCCCACCUCCGCCCGCUGCGCCCAAGCCUGCUAGCAAGUCUCCCGAACCCGAGCCUGUGCUUGAAGAUCCAGUCGUCAUGGUCCCCGAAGCUAUCGACGAGCCAAAAGCAGAAGAAGAUGACUGGGCAGGUUGGGCUACUGGAAAGAAGUCAAAGAAGAAGGGGAGUAAAAACAUGCCUGUCGAGAUUGUGGAGCCUGUAUACGAUGUUCCUGUUCAGCAACCCGACCCUGCACCUGCUGAAGAAGAUGCAUGGGCUGGGUGGAGUGUCGGCAAGAAGGAGAAGAAGAAAGGUAAGAAGAUUGAUGAUAUUCCUCCACCUCCGUUGCCGGCAAUUGAGCCACCACCCGUCGAAGUGAUUGAGCCUGUAGUGGAAGUACCUGCCCCUCCACCUGAAGUUCAAGCUCCUGUUGAACCUCCAGCCGAUGACCCUUGGGCUUCGUUCUCAACCAGGAAGAUACCGCCUCCGCCUCCCGAACCUGAACAACUUGUUGAUUUACAAGAGCCUGAAAUCGAGUCUGAACCCAUUGUUGUGCUUGAGUCUCCACCUGCCGAAGAGCCUGUCAAAGAGGUCAAGAAGAAAGAAUCGAAGUCUUCUUCCAAGGACAAAGACAAGGAGAAAGAGAAGGAGAAGGAGAGAGAAAAGAAGGAGAAGGAGGAAAAGGAUCGUCAGGAACGGGAAGCAGAAGAACAGCGCAAAGCGGAUGAAGAAGCAGCAUUCGCAGCAGCUCUCGCCAGCGAGCCGGUCGAUUUGCUCCCCGAGCCUGGACCUGUGGUCGAGGAGCCUAUUUCUACAGGUUACUGGGGUACGUUCCUGAAGCCAACCGCCGUUAGCAAGACCGUGGAGGAACCCAUCGUUUCUAAAGGCAAGGUCGAUACCGGUGCCAAGGAGUCCGUCAAGGAUAGAAUCAAGCGUUUGCAAGGCGAGAACACCAAGGAUCAAGUGGUCGUUGUACCACCUCCCUCUCCUGCACCUGAGCCACUUCCAGAGCCCGAGGUUGUCAUGGAACCUGAGGUCAUCGUCGUGCCUGAACCACCCAUGGAGAAAGAGCCAUCACCUCCACCUCCACCUCCGCCAGCUGCCAUCGAGAUUCCGCCUCCUGUUGUCGAGGUGCCUCCUUCUCUGAGCCCGAUUCCGGGUGGCUUUCCUGAGGAUGACAAAUCUACAAAAUCCUCGCGCCCGGCGAUUGUUGAUCUUUCCGUACCAAGUACACCUGCUGCCGAGAGUAAGUCUGUCAAGAAGGAACGACCAAAGGUUGUUCGCGACCCGACGGGUAGUUCACACUGGGGUCUGUGGGGGACAACGCCCAAAGCAGAAUCAAAGAAGGAACGCAGGCCCAGCAAAGAUACGACAACUCCUGCCGUCAAGCGAUCUGCUGCUCCAGGACUCACACGGUCAAAAUCAGCACGCAAGCCUAACGAACGCGAUUUCUUGGAAAAAGUCGACAAGACUUCCAGUGACGACAAACAAUCAAGAAAAAACAUCAAGGAUCCUGCGACUCCAGCUAAAGGCAUGGGAUUCAGUAUAUUCGGCCCUACACCUACGAGAUCACGCUCGAUGCGACAAUCAAGUUCUGCGCAGCGACCCGCUCAGGUCAGAGAGUCACGCCGUUCUUUCGAUGUGUCUUCCCCACCCGGCGACAUCGCGAGUAAAGCAGCAAAGUUGAUGGGACUUGGUCCUCGACCAUCACUAAGUCGUAGUCAAUCUACACGCGAAAAGCGCAAGUCGCGUACUGUCCCGGACCCCUACGCCAUUGACCUCGACAACACACCCGACGAUGCGACUCACUCUGCGUCUGUGGACAGGUCCAGCAGCCAUCGCACGAGGAGAUCCAGCCGAAGUGACCAUAAACACGACAAGCGCGAUUCGGCGAUGAUGUCUGGCGGCUUAGGUCCUGCAGUCGGCGAUGGAGCAGAUCCAAUAACAGCGCCAGAAGACACACCGUUUGUGGCUCCAUCUCGACCAAUGCUCAAACGCUCAGCGACGACUAGCGCCAGAAAGCCAGCAGGCGGUCUCUUCAGCAACAUCAUCGACUCCCUUAAAUCAAAACCCGCAGAGGACUUCUCACGUCGUCACCGUAGUAGUCAGGCAUAUGACAGCGAGGAUAAUUCCGCACGUCAUCGCAGACACCGCACACCACACUCUUCACACCGCGACGAGGAUGACGACUCCAAGCGCCAUCUCCGCCGCGAGCACAGGCGUGUUCGUCGACCUGAAGACGUUCCAUCUACUCCAUUAGACGAACACGCACCAACGCCGCCAGCAGACAACACUGAAUCUGAAGAUCGCGAACGCAGGCGUGCAGAGCGUAGAGCCAAGCGUGCGGCACUGGAAGCGGCGGAAGAAGACCUACGUGCACGGGAAAAGGCUUCGAGACAUAGAGAACGCGAAGAAGCCGAACGCGAUAGACAGGGUUUGGAAGAUCAACAGAGACGUCAACGACGGGCAGAACGACAUGCCUCACGCCGCUCCAGCGCUAUUGAUGCGGAUCGCAAACCGCGCCUGCACCGCUCUUCUACAGCACCUGUACAGUCCUACUUCGAUGCGCGCGCACCCGGCCGCGAUGCCAAUGGUCGAGACCCUCGCAGUCCUCCCAAAGACAAAACAUCCUCUUGGGUCCACAGUGUAACUUCUUCACCUCCGUUACCUCCACCUCUCCAACCUACAAUACUGGAUCUCCCUCCUACCGAUCCAGCUGUCGAUGAUGCUGACAUACACGAUGAUGAAAGCACGGCGCGUGAGCUUCGCCGUCGUCAUCGCCGGGAUCGCGAAUCACGGGGAGUGGAAACAGAGGAAGAUCGUAAAAGACGCAAACGCAAGGAACUGCGUCGACGUGAAGAGGAGCUUGCCUUCCGCGAUCGCGAUGGUGAAACCCGAAGGGAUAGGGGAAGCAACAAAGCCCACAACAGUCUUGGGUAUGACGAUUUUGAGACGCAGAGGACAUGGGAUGGAAGAGUCGUUGGGGGUGAAACAAGAGGAGGAGUCAAAGAAGAGAUUGCUAGACGUACCCAGGGGUGGUUCAAGAAAGUCGCUGGAUUGUAA